CACAAAUCAUUGACGUGCACGCUUAACAAUGCGCUUACAAGACCUUCAAUGAAUUUUUAAUUGUCAAUCGCAAUCGAGUUUUUAUUUAAAUGUCACUAGCGCGAGGUUAUUCUGCUUCUCAACGCCCAGAGGCGCACUCAUCAAACUAACCAAGCGCCAUGGCGAACAUAAUCGACGGUAUAUACGAAUAUUUAACUACGCCAGGGGAUCUAACCACAGGCAACCGCUUUCUGCCCUACCAUGGCGCCAUGCUGCCAUAUCUGCUAAUCACCAUCUUCUAUGUGUUGUUCGUAUUCAAAAUCGGGCCGUUCUUUAUGAGAAAACGUCAGCCGUACAACCUGCGGUCAGUGCUACGGUACUACAAUAUUGCACAAAUCAUUUACAAUGCCGUCAUUACAUCCUUGGGUAUUUACUUGUAUGUGAUAAAAGCUCCGUUGGCACUCACCUGCAUCACCAUACUGCCCACCGGUCAUCCGCUGAAAAAUAUUGAAGGAGUCAUGGGCGCCUUGUAUGUGUUCAACAAAUUCAUCGAUUACUUUGACACAAUUUUCUUUGUGCUGCGCAAGAGCUACAAGCAAAUCACAUUUCUGCACGUUUAUCAUCACAUCAUGAUAUCAACUCUGAGUUUGAUGUACAUGCGGUAUUCGGGCGGUGGUGGGCAUGCAGUCACGAUUGGAAUUUUGAAUUCCUUUGUCCACGCGGUAAUGUACACGUAUUAUCUGGUGAGUGCGUCGCAUCCGGAAAUGAAGAACUCGCUGUGGUGGAAGAAAUAUGUGACCAAACUGCAGCUCAUCCAAUUCGUGGUGUUAUUCGUUCACCAAAUAUGGCCCUUGGUGGUGCAAACGGAUUGCGAUUAUCCAAAGUCCCUCUUGCUGUUAGCAUGUUCACAAGCUAUCUUCAUGAUUUACCUUUUUAGUAGCUUUUAUAUUAGAACGUACAUCACAAGACCGAAAAAGGAAGCCCGUGUAGCGCAGGAAACUAAAACACAGUAAAUUUAAUUAAUUAUUUAUUUAGUAAUAAAAGUCUAGUAAUGAGCAAAAUA